AUACUUUAACGCAGUUUAUUCAGUAAAAUUAUUUGUCAGUGUUUCUGUGCAACUUUAGUCGACUUCUUGACAAUACGCUCAUCAUGAUUAAUCGAAAUUCUACGCUGUAUUCGAGUCGUUUGGUGUGUGCGCGGAGCAGCAACGUCACUGGACGUCCGGGUCUGAAGGAGCCGCACUCCCUGGAGACUCAUCCCCGCCGACAGCUGCAGGUGAGCCGGCGUGGCUGCCUGGAGGCACCGCGGAGACCGAGUGAGCCCCCCAGACUUCCCUCCCAUCUUGAGACUAAACCAGUGAUCCUGCGCAGUGUGAGACAACAACACGUGUGGAAGAGUUUGCCAGUUUGCCGUACCCAAGCUGGAAAAAGAGCAGAUAUCGUUUCCCUGAGGAAGCAUCUGGGCCACGCCAGGCGUUUGGCAUCAGCAAUUAAGCAGGGCCAGAGCUACUUCCACCUCCUGCAGAAAGAGGAACAGGAGGAGCGGGAGGAGGAGGAGAGGCAGCGGAUGAGGAGGGAGGAGCUUCUGAGAACAGAGCCACGACCUCCCAGUUUCUCCUCUGACUCCGACAGCGAUUCAGAAGGGUGGCGUCUGCCUGCAGGACCCAGCUGGUUAGGUGCGAAUGAAGUGUGGCCGCGCAGGAAGAAGAACAAGUCAGCACGACCUUUCACCCCUGUCCAUCACUCUCUGACCUCCCCUCUGCUGAGUGAAGCACCAAGGGAGGUCAUCUACCGCCAGCUAUGCUGUCUGAGUUGGCUGCUGGAGGCCUUGACUCUGGAUCGCUCUAGCAGAGUCGGCCCGCUCUCCGCCUGCUGGGACCCCAAAGACCCUGGCCGAGGCAGGACCACGAUAAAGACGCUGAAGAAAGAGAGAGCCAUUGAGAGCAAAUGGGAGCAGUUUGUUUCAGCCAAGCCUCAGAGAGCUCAUCCAAAGCGCCCUCGCAGCUCCUCUGCGCGCCUCCACACCCACAGGAUGUCGUCCUUCAUGAGUGUGGGCUCCCUCUCAGCCCUCACCUGCACCACUGUGGGGAGCAGCGUGUCCUCUCUGGUCCCAGCGGCUGAGGAGAACACGGAGUCAGAGUGUCCAGGAGCAGCAGAGGAGACGGACCGACUUCCUUCAGAGUGUCUUCACACGCUGUCAGAUGUCCACCAGAAAGUCAAGACAGAGAGCCAAAUCUCACAAACCAGCAGUUUGACUGCACCUCACUUCAAAGCACGGCCGUCACCCCAAAGGACCGGCGACCAAACUGGCUCCAGGACAGCGAAUAGUUUUGUAUGGCCAAAAAGCUGUCCUGCAAAGCCCCUGCUACUUAUCAGCCAUCUCAUCAACAACAAGACCACCAUGCUGCAGGAGCUGAAAGCUGCCUUUGAUGAGCGGGUUGAGGAGAUGUCUCAGAGCUACAUCAACGUCCUCGAGCUCAAAGCCAGAGAGAGAUUAAACAACGGUCUCCGGAGGUAUCGAGCCCAGAGUCACGUGACCGAAUCCCAUGGCCUUCCUCAUCACAUGACCUGCGCGUCCCCAGAGACAGAGGCUCCAAACAGCAACAAUAAAAACACGCACAACAACAAUAUGUGGCUUUCCACUCUGCUGAGCAGCCUGCCUGAGGAGGUGUGCAGGGAGCGAGCGGUGAGCCGGGUGCUGGAGAAGCUGAGUGGAUUUGCAGAGCAGCAGACUCUCAGGGUUCAACCUCAGGUCUUCCUGAGGGUGCUGGGGGGUCUAGAGCCGUGGGAGCUCUGUCUGCCUGAGCUGUGUGUGGCCAUCCAGAUCGCCACAGAAUAUGUGGUCCAGAUGCCCAGGACAGAGUACAAUGCCUGGUUGCGUUCAAGGGUCACUCUGCCCCCACAGUAACACCAUGCCCCCAAACACCAGGUGAACCACACUCAUUAAGACCUGGAGGACGACUACAGACAUGGACAAAUAGAUGAAGGGAAGACAAACACACCAAGGUGGUGAAUUAAAUGUGGGCUCAAGGCUGAAGCCGCCUAAAUUAGCCUCAAAAGUAACGGGGGGAAAUGAUAAGUGAAAGUGAUAAGUAAGAGUUAUUUUGCAUUUAAGCUGGCAGCACAGACAAUGCCAACUUGAAGCAAAUCACAGGGUUAAUGAUAAGUAAAAGAUAACAUGAAAAGAAACUCAGCAACUCAAACUUAGAAGAUGUUAUUGUUAUUAUUUCAAAGUUAAACUCAAUUGCUGAAAGACAAGGAAGAAUUAGAUUAAAACAGUGUCUUUAGGUCCUUAAAAUGUCUUAAAAUACCUUUAAUUCCUUAUUUAAGACUAGUCCAUACCCAUUGAGUGCACAGUUGCCCACGUACAGUUUCACAUGGUGUGUGUUUGGGAUACAGGUCAUAGGAAAUUGCAGAUUAAAUAGUCAACUGAACCCAUUAAGAAGAGCAAUGUAUUUAGACAGAGUGUUUGUGAAUUUGAUAGUACGAUUGCUUUAUUGAAAGUACAGUAGCACCAUUGCCAAUAGUGGGAUAGUUAGUGGGCUAAAACUGUACAUUAGUAGUUGAGGUAGCACGUUGAAAGUGUUUAUAUGUUGUAUUGACUUAAAAGUGGGGCGCACUGGUAGUUCACAUGGGAAAGGUGCGGCACAGUUGCCAAUUAGAGUUACAUUUCUCCAGUCACCUUGAGGCGUCCUGUUCUACAUAUCUACCAAGUUUAGUAAAAAUCCAUAUGGCGGUUAGGCCUAGAUAAGAAAUUACUUCUCUAGCACCCCCAUUUUGUUUGAUGGGGUCAAUAAUGGAAGGGUCCCCUCAGAUUAUGUGUGGUCAUAUGCCUACAAAGUUGCGUGGUGAUGGGUGAAACCCUUGAGAUGUUAUACAACUUUAUGUGAUGAGCCACGCCCUCCGCAAUAUUCAUUGCCUUAUAGAAGCUUAGAUAUUGGUCCCUAGAUUAUGUUCACCCAGUUUCAUGCAGAUCGGUCAAACUUCCUAGGAAGAGAUCGAUUUGAAGUGUUUUUCAAAAAAUUCAAAAUGGCGGAAAAUCUAUAUAAGCGGAAGUUAUGGGUUCUUGAGGCAAAUUUGUUCCUCAUGAGGAGAGGCAUCUCUGUGCAAAGUUUCAUGUCUCUGCGACAUACGGGGCAUGAGAUAUGCCCAUUCAAAGACAGAGUUUUUGUCAUUAUAUAGUAAGAUAAAUAUCAGGCCUUAAAAGCCAUUACACUGUCUUAAAUUUGAAUGUAUGUGCUCUUAACUGCCACAAACACUUCAUGUAAUUUAAUUUACACAGCUUUUUUAUUUCUUUUUGUCAAAAAGAAUCAAAAUCUUCUGCAUCAAAGUUCACAUUUCUGAUGUUACAAAUCGUUAAACCUGCCACUAAACCUAAUACUCUGCUUUUACUUUUUACUCACACUCACCUGUUGGCAAAAUGUACAUUAACCUAACUCACUCUAAUAACCAUAUUCCUACAUAAAACCUACAUCUGCACAGGACCACAUACAUACUACUUACCUUUAUAUUUACCUGCAGUGCUUGAGUAAAAAAAAAGAAGAUGAAUAGUCCAAAGAUCACUUUUGAAUUUGGUUAAAAAAUAUCUUUAAAAGUUCAUUAAAUUUAAGUGUCUGAUGCCUGUAGACACCCUGUAAAUGUGCAGGACUUUUUACCCAAAUAAGCACAUGGUCACACGUGUACAGAUCGGGAUAAACACAGAGAUACAGGCACACACAAUGAGGGAGAAAGAAGGAUGUUUGAGUGGUGCAUACCUUUCAAUCUACAGUCAAGGGUUACAAAGAGCAACUAAAUCCCUUCCUGGAUGCCUGCUCGCUGUUUUCUAACACAUUUCUCUGUAAGUCUCCACAGAUGAUGUAAUUCAGUCAUUAGUUCUUUAGUGCUAUGUGGCCAAAUAUUUUUGUGUUUGUCUAUUUGUUUGCACUAAAUGUCCCAGUGCAUCAUUUUACUUGCAUCUUGCAGCAGCCAUUUCAACUGUAACUACCAAGUUCU